CUAGCCAUCGUGUCAACUCACCGGGCGCGCUUACCGAGGACCUCUUCAGUUUCCACACCCGCAAACUCAGUAACUUGCGGGUGCUGUAUAUCCCGCCCAACACCACCUCAUUCAUCCAACCACUCGACCAGGGCCUUAUUGCAACUGCGAAGGCGCGGUAUCGAGUGAAGUGUCUGGCGGAACUCACCCAGAUGUGGGAGGCGCGCGGCUGCCCGGCGGAGCUUCAGCGCAUGAAGACUUCGAUGCGCCAGGUCGCCAUGUGGAUUCCAACGCCUGGUUCAGCAUCGAGAAGCGCACUGUCGAGCGGUGCUGGUGGCAUGCCCGCAUCCUCCCUGCUUCUUGGAUGCCGGCGGAGGUGGAGACCGAGUCCCCAGCGCGUGACCCAGGUGACAUGGAGCCUGAGCUGGAGGCGCUCGCAGCUGUGAUUCCCCGCCUCCAGCUCGGACCGUCGGCGAUGGCGGCGGCAGAGUUCCUCGCGGUCGACGAGAACCACCCGACGUGUGACUUCGAGGACUCCGA